AUGUGGUUAGGUACAUACCCCUCAAACCCAUCGUAUCUACUUUCCACGGGCGAACACCUCGGGGAGUAUCUGAAGAAGCACCCCGAGCUCGUGGGCAAGUCCGUCCACGACCGAUGGGGCCCAGAGAUUCCGUUUCUACCCAAGGCAAGCGCAAAAGCCAGGAAUCAUAGAGUGCAUGGCCACGUGGAGAAACUAACACCAAUCCAGAUUCUCUCUUUCAGCAAAGCGCUACCCCUCCAAAUUCACCCAGACCUGAAGCUUGCCGCACAACUACACAACGAACACCCGGAAAAGUAUGGCGACACAAUGCACAAGCCAGAGAUUGCGAUUGCACUCUCCAAAUUCGAGCUCUUUGCCGGCUGGAAGCCCCUAAACGACAUCCAAGCGCUAUUCGAGUUGCAUCAUUUGGCAAAGUACAUUCCCAAAUCCGGACCGUUCAACGACGAAACCCUGCGUCAGUUAUGCAAGGCUCUCCUUAGCAUACCGCCUCAAGAAGUGGCACAGACAAUGAAAGACCUACAAACCAUUCCGGAAUCCCAGUUUGGUGCACACACCUAUAUCCCCAGUCUCCUCGGUCGGCUAGCAAAGCAAUACGGCGAAGGCGAUAACGGAAACCUAGUCGCCGCCCUGCUGAUGAACUACUUGACCCUGGGACCGGGAGAUUCCGUCUUCGUCCCUGCAGACAGCAUCCACGCCUACCUCGAGGGUGAUAUUGUUGAAUGCAUGGCGAGGUCUGACAAUGUCAUCAAUACAGGGUUCUGUCCGGCUGCAGAUCGCGACAGCGUCGAGUUGUUUGGACAGGCUUUGAGCUUUGUGCCGCAUAAUGCGCAGGAUGCGCUGCUGCCGCGCAGAAAGAGUGAUAAGGGCUUGAAUGGCAAGACGGAUGUCUAUGCACCGCCUAUCAAUGAAUUUGCGGUAUUAUGUACGACCCUUGGCGCAGGGGAGAGCGAGACGCACAAGGCCAUCCUGGGGCCGAGUCUGAUGAUUGUUACCAAGGGUAGUGGCCAAAUGAAAUUCCCUGGUAAUUCAAUCGCUGCGGUAAAGGAAGGAUACGUUUUCUUUGUGGGCCAGGGUAUUGCAUUGGACUUUGUGACGGACAAGGGCAUGGCUGUUUAUCGGGCGUAUGCGGAGUAA